AUGAGGACAACUUCAAAUUCAUCCCCCGAAAGCCUUCAACCUAAGGCAGAAAUUCAGACAGACAAGGGAAAACGACCAAAAAGAAUUGCAUCAGAGGCUGUGAUCGCUGCACAACGAAGACGACGAGAAAAAGAAAAAGAAGAAAAGUUGGCCAAAAAAGGAUUACAAAAUACAGAAGCGCAACAGCAAGUUGAAGCGCAACAACAAGUUGAUGUAUCGUCUGCAAACCAAACACCUGCACAAGGGGAAAAACAGCAGUCAGAAAUUCAGACAGACAAUACGGCGCGGAAAAAAAGGGCGGCAUCAGAGGCUGUGAUCGCUACACCAAGAAGACGGCGAGAAAAAGAAAAAGAAGAAAAGUUGGCCAAAAAGAGGAUUACAACAUACGCAACCGCAGCAGCAAGUUAUAUUUGGACCUCAACAGGCUAUGAUCGCUGCACAACGAAGACGGCGAGAAAAAGAAGAACGGUUGUCCAAAAAAGGAUUACAACAUACGCAAACGCAAGAUCCUUGGCACAAAGAAAACGCCGGCAAGAAGAGAAACAACAAAAAAGUGAAGCUGAAAUAGUACAUGUACAAGAUAAUGCUGUUAUCAAUGAACAAGGUGUACAAACAAAGGAACCUGAAAUGGAAUCUCGGAUACAGAUGAGUACACAGGAAGAUCUAACAAAUCCUGGUUACGAGGAUGCAUGUGGUGAUCAGAUGAAUACACAACAGACAGGAAUCAAUAUGCAAACAGGUCUAAUUAAUGUAUCAUCUGCCGCAGUAGAACACGAAACGCCUGUUCGAGCUGCAGACAUAUCCUCUGAUGAGUACACUGAUGACUGA